GCCUAGCCAUAAAGUUUGUGGAUCUGCUGAACUGAGACCAGAUUGGAGAUAACUCAGAUAAGGGCAAAAACUCUUCCUAGAAAGUAUAGUAUUGGUUUAUCAAUGGACGAGCAGACCAAGGAUUCAAGCAAUAACGAGCAGAGCAGCUGCCAAGAAACUCAGGUGGUGGUGGUGGUAAUGGUGCCAUUUCCAUGCCAGAGCCACCUCAACCAGCUGCUCCAGCUCUCCUGCCUAAUCUCCUCUUACAGAAACACUAAUAAUGGUGCCACAGCCAUGCUGCAAGUCCACUAUGCUUGCUCCGCCACCCACAUCCACCAGGCCAAGCUCCGCUUCAGUGACAAAAGCCUUCUACAAGCUGCCAACAUCCAUUUCCAUGAGUUGCCCACCCCUCCUUUCCUCAGCCCAUCUCCCAAUACAAAAGCCGCCUCCACCACAAAAUUUCCUGUACACCUCCAACCAUCCUUUGAGGCCUCUUUGCAUAUCCGCCAGCCCCUGGCGGAGCUGCUGCAGAAAAUCUCUGCCACAGCUCGACGAGUUAUCGUUGUCCACGAUGUUCUUAUGGCUUAUGCAGUGCAGGACACUGCUAGCAUACCGAAUGCAGAAACCUAUGGCUUUAAUCCCACUGGCAUAUUCAGUUCCUUCUAUAAUCGAUGGCAGCUGGCAGGAAGGCCUUUCGAGACUGCAGAACCAGAAGGGUUGCCAUCUCUUGACGGGUGUUUCACAUCCGAGUUCCUAAAUCUUGUAGCAAUUCAAUCUGAGUUUUUGAAAUGUCAAGCUGGAACCAUCUAUAACACUUGCAGAACGAUUGAAGGUACUUACCUCGACUUGAAAAGCAAUCAAGACAGUAACAAGAAGGUUUGGGCAAUUGGGCCUUUGAACUUGGCAAUAAACAAUCGUGAGAGCAGAAAGUUGAUCGAUAGCCAACAUAAAUGUCUAGAGUGGCUCGAUAAACAGGCUCCAAGAUCUGUGUUGUAUGUGUCUUUCGGGACGACAAUUUCGUUAUCAAAUGAACAGAUCAAAGAGCUGGCGCUUGGGUUGGAAGAAAGUAAGCAGAAGUUCAUUUGGGUGUUGAGGGAUGCAGAUAAAGGAGACAUAUUUGCAGCAGAUGUUGAAGGCCAAUCAGCUCAACUGCCAAAAGGGUUUGAAGAGAGGAUAAACGAAGUUGGAAUGGUGGUGAGAGAUUGGGCACCUCAACUAGAAAUUCUAGAACAUGUAUCAACGGGGGGAUUCCUGAGCCACUGUGGAUGGAAUUCAUGCAUGGAGAGUAUGAGUAUGGAAGUGCCGAUUGCCGCCUGGCCAAUGCAUUCUGACCAGCCCAAGAAUGCCUUUCUGGUAACAGACGUACUAAAAGUUGGGGUGGCCGUCAGGCGGUGGUCCACACAGCUAAACAAGGACGAGCUAGUGAGUUCAUCCACCAUUGCAAAAGCUGUCAAAAGCUUAAUGGCAUCAAAACAAGGGGAAGAGAUAAGGAAAAGGGCGGAAAAGCUGGGUAGUGUCAUCCGACAAGCGGUGAAGGCUGGCGGUAUUUCGCGCUUGGAGUUAGAUUCCUUCAUUGCUCAUAUAACCAGCAAAGAUACAGCCGUAUGUUGAGUGAACUGAUUUCUUGCAUCAAAUCCUCCAGUCUUGUCGAAAAAGGAAGCUUACAGUAUGAUGAUAAUCAAUUCAAUCGGCGGUGAAUAUUUUACUGUUUUUGAUCCAUUAUAAUCGAUUUAGAAUCAAUGGCAAAACACAUUCAAAUCAUACUGAGAUUGACUUCAAUUCUAAUAAGUUUACCCAAUUCAUGAUAGAGAUAGAGAGAGAAUUUCUAUAACCAAUCCAGAGCUCAGUGAACUAAGGAUCAUUCUGUGUGCAGUUUUCUAUGCAAAUUUUAGAGGGAUUUCUGAGAUUGGGUGUAUUGGAGUUUUUAGGUUGAGAGAGACGGUUUUAUUUCUUUGUAUUUCUUUUAUUCACAUAGCAGAUUUUUGCUCCUUCGGCCAUGGCCGUAGGUACAUUGUUGAACCACAUUAAAUAUGUGUAUCUCUAAUUUUGAUCCUAUGAUUAUGACAGAAUUCAAUUCC